GAGUGAGAACAAGACAAUAAAAAGAAGCAAUGGAAGAGGAGAAACUGUUGGGGGCAGAGAGAAAGCACGCUUAAAAAGUGAGGACUGGAGACUUGAAACCGGUGUGGCGGUUGAACCUCUGCCAUAAGCCUUGGAACUGGCUUGAUGACCGCACCAUUGCACAUUUCCUGUUGCCAGCAGCAGUUGUGAAACUCCCCAGGGUGGGGUCUGGUGAAGGGAGGAAUCUGGGUGCCACUAAUGAUGGUUUGCAGCUGUCCAAGUGUCCAAAGGUCUCCCUGGGUUUAGUCUUAUAAGUCACAGAGCUUCCUGAAAUCUCUUCCGCUCGCCCUGAAACAGCUCCGCUCCAUUUGCAGCAAUGUGGCUCCCCGGACUGGCUCUCUGCCUGGGGCUGGCAAUCACCGGUGCCAUCAUCCCAGCUCAAGAGGAGAAGCCCUCCUUCUGGAACCAGCAGGCUCUCAAGGCCAUUGAGCAAGCCCUGAGCCUCCGUCCCCGGCACUACAAAGCUAAGAACCUCAUCCUCUUCCUGGGAGAUGGCAUGGGCCUCCCGACUAUCACCGCCACCCGAAUCCUGAAGGGAGAGAUGAAGAACCAGCUGAGCCCCCAGUUGCCUCUGGCAAUGGACGCCUUCCCUUACGUGGCUCUUUCCAAGACGUACAACGUGGACCGGCAAGUGCCCGACAGUGCUGGCACCGCCACCGCCUACCUCUGUGGGGUGAAGGGCAACUACAAAACUAUUGGGCUGAACGCAGCUGCCCGAGUUAGCCAGUGUAACACGACAGCUGGCAACGAAGUCGUGUCUGUGAUGCAGAGAGCCCGUGCAGCUGGAAAGUCUGUGGGGAUUGUGACCACCACGCGAGUCCAGCAUGCAUCGCCCUCUGGGAAUUAUGCCCACGUGGUGAACCGGAACUGGUACUCGGAUGCCGACAUGCCCGCCUCAGCAAUUUCAGAAGGCUGCAAGGACAUCGCUCAGCAACUUGUUAAAAACGUCAACCUGACGGUGAUCCUGGGCGGCGGUCGGAAGUACAUGACUCCAGCAGGCACUCAGGACCCCGAGUACAGCACCAACUCCAGCAAGGGCAUACGCCAGGAUGGCAAGAACCUCAUCACAGAGUGGCUUAACUCCUCGCCGGGCACCAAGUACGUGUGGAACCGAACACAGCUGCUGAGUGCUGCAGACGACCCAGCUGUGAGCCGCCUCAUGGGCCUCUUUGAACCUGGCGACAUGAAAUACGAGCUGGUCCGCAACAAUCAGACUGACCCAUCUCUGGCGGAGAUGACUGAGGUCGCCUUAAAGAUCCUCAGCCGCAACCCCGAGGGAUUCUACCUCUUUGUUGAAGGAGGCAAGAUUGACCUGGGACACCACAACGGCAUUGCCAAGCAGGCUCUCACUGAGGCAGUGGAGUUCGACAAAGCUAUCCAGCGGGCAGGGGAGCUGACGCAAGAAGCUGACACCUUGACUGUGGUGACCGCUGACCAUUCCCACGUCUUUGGCUUUGGCGGCUACACGCUGAGAGGUUCCUCCAUCUUUGGCUUGGCCCCUGCAUUAGCAGCAGACAGGAAGGCGUACACAUCCAUCGUGUAUGGGAACGGGCCGGGCUACCAGAUCACCAGCCAGGGCCGCCCCAAUUUGACCGAAGAAGAGAGCGAGCGUGACGACUACCACCAGCAAGCUGCGGUGCCCCUUGACUCGGAAACCCAUGGGGGCGAGGACGUGGCCAUCUUGGCAAAGGGCCCCAUGGCUCACCUAUUCCAUGGGGUGCAGGAGCAGACGUUUGUUGCCCAUGUCAUGGCAUAUGCUGCUGGCAUAGAACCAUACCAGGAUAAUGGCCUGGACAUUAACUCUGCCAGGUUGACAAAGCCCACUUUGGUGACUCUUCUCUUGGCCUCCUUGCUCCUUUGGGCCUGUUAACCCUCCCCUGGACGACAACUCGGGGAUACAUCUCUCUCCUCUUUCUCUCCUCUGGACAGCGCUUCCAACUCUGAUGCCACAUAGAAUACACCCUCAAGAGCUUUGCUUCUUAAGCUAAACAAGUGUUCUCCAUCCUGCUGAAGGCUGAAUCAAUGAAUGUCUUCCAUCUUGUUCCACCAAAAGUGGGGUUGGCAGUUCCAGUCAUGGUGUGAACAUGCAGGAGCACAUGCAGGGGUAUCCCUCAUUUCAAGGAAACAUGAAUUCCACUUCUGACACCAGUGUUGCGCACUACCCCCCAAUCUCUGAGCAGUGUGAGAUUCCAGUGAUUCCAGGUGCUUAGGAGUCGGAAUGAGGAACAACAAAGACUCUGGUGCCUCAAAAGAGGGUGACAUGCUCAACUUCAGACCUGAGAGCUGCUCUCCUACCUAGACCUGAAGGGUGGGUGGUAGUGCACCAAAGGCAUGCUGCCAUGAAUGCCACAGGGAGACCAUGCCCAGCUUCUAGAAUGCCAAGCAAUGUGCAAACUCUGCAGUGCCCAAAUCCCCCCUUUCUCUCGUAAUCAUUAUUACUAGCAUUGAUAGGUAGAGGCUGGAGCAGUGUGUGUGUGUGUUUUGUGCAGUUUGAAAGGAGAGCUUCCUUUGGCAGCUGACAGGCUCCUUCCCAUCAGCUGAUUCUCCACUCCAUGCCAGUCAUCAUGGAGAUGUGACGUGAUGCUUCCUAACCCAACCAUCACACUUCCACCUGGAUUUGCCAUGUCUGACUGGGAAUGGCCUCUUAAAUAACCACCUGUGCUCCAGAUCAGGACUGCAAGGGAGCUGCCAGGGACCAUAAUGAGGAGGGCUGCACUGAGGAAAAUGGUGGGAGCUACCCUCUUGGUGUGGUGUAGUGGUUAAGAGUGGUGGAGUCGUAAUCUGGUGAACUGGGUUCGAUUCCCCGCUCCUCCACAUGCAGCUGCUGGGUGACCUUGGGCUAGUCACACUUCGCUGAAGUCUCUCAGCCCCACUCACCUCACAGAGUGUUUGUUGUGGGGGAGGAAGGGAAAGGAGAUUGUGAGCCGCUUUGAGACUCCUUCAGGUAGUGAUAAAGUGGGAUAUCAAAUCCAAACUCUACUUCUUCUUCUCUCCCCUUGAUCCUGAAUCUUCCCAGGAGCAGAAGGACAGUAUAGAUUUGGAACAGUGGUUUGCAGAGGGGCUUAGUUCAGAAGGCAGAAGCUGGGAAAUGCUGGAUGGGGAACAGCUAGCAGAAGAAACACUAGAAGAGAGAGAGUUAACAGAUUCACGGUCUCUGGAUAGUAUCCACCCCCUUUCCCCAAAGUCCCGGAGAGCUCAGAAAGUGUCAGAAC